AUGACGGCGCCUCCUCCUCUGCCGCCGCGACAACUACGUCGACAGCCCACAUCUCCAGCAACCCCGCCCCAACGUCCAAAUGAUGGCCUCUUGGCGUCUUCUAGUAUCGGGAUUGGCUAUUCCACCAACUUGGAUGCUUCAGACCCCAGAACGUCGUCGUCUCAGUCGUUGAUAGCACCCGCGACAGAGUUUGAUACCCGGCGCUCGCUGCUCGUCGUGUACAUUCACGGCUUCUAUGGCAAUGAUCAGUCCUUUAGAUCCUUCCCAGCGCACGUACAUGCUUUCCUCACCGAGCUUCUGUCCGAAACACACAUUGUUCAUUCAAAAAUAUACCCUCGUUAUAAGACCUACAGAGCUAUUCAGGUUGCAAGGGAUAACUUUAGUGCCUGGCUCGAGCCGCAUGAGUCUCCCACUACUGAUGUCAUUCUUGUUGGUCACUCCAUGGGAGGCUUGCUGGCUGCAGAGGUUGUUUUGAUGCCUAAUCGCGAUCCGCAUCUCCAUCAACCAUUCAAGCACCGAAUACUGGGCACCUUGUCUCUGGAUUCGCCAUUUCUAGGCUUAAACCCCGGAAUAAUCGUAUCCGGAUUGUCAAGUCUGUUCCAGCCUGCGCCAAAGACUGACAAGGAGACUGUGGGCUCUGCGUCUCAGUCCUCACUCGGCGUAGACCCGUCUGCGAGCGACCUACAGCUGCCGCUAUCUGAAAUUGCAUCCAAUGCCUCUACCACAUCAUCUCCACCAGUUCGACCGAAUGAGCUCUAUGACCCUCCCUUCUUCAAUGAUGUUCCUUUUAGAGAGAAACCACUGCUCUCAAGACUGCGGCACUUUGCUUCGAAGCACAAGACUGAAGGCAUAUUUAACGCUAUAGGCAAUCACAUUAUUUCUCAUCUGGAAUUUGGUGGUUGUAUAGCUGAUUAUCCAGAACUUUCUGCUCGGUACAAGCGGAUACGAGCUCUGGAGGAUGUUGAUGAGCUUAAAGCAAUCUCUGAAGGCCACCCGCCGGCGGCGCACAGACGUGUUCGAUUUGUCAACUAUUACACGCUGUCGCCGGGCCGUCCCAAGCCAUCACCUCAAAUGGGUGGCUUAUCGGCUGGCAAUCUGCCGCUUUCGACGCUGAGCUUGGAUGAUUUAGAAUCGCAGGACGAGAAAGUCGGCGAAUCUGUGGUAAAAGCCGACUCACAUCCUAGUCCUGGCGCUGAACAGCUGUCAGAUGCGAAUCGUGCAGCGAUUGAUGGUGACUCGGAUGGAGGGGGUCUUUAUGAGGCGGAAGAUCUCAAGCCAGAAACAGAUGGAAAGUCAAUCGCCAACAGAGCAUCAGGUGAUGACGAUGUAGAUGACAAUUAUGAUUCGGACAACGAGAGCCACGGCUCUAUGCUCCAUCUUGAUCCUGUCCCGAUCCUCGACGAAGAUGAGGAAGAGGACGAAAAGCUGGAAAGACCAAGAACGGAAGCAGAGGACGAGAAGGAUAAAGGGGACAAAAAGUAUGAAGAGGACGAAAAGACAAAAAAGGAAGAAAAGGCAGAAACAGAAGAAGGCACCAUGGGAGCACAUCCGAUUGCCACACCAUCCGCCAAAGAAAGCCAGCCAGAUCUCGACCUCGACCUCGCUCCUAUCCCGCCCGAGCCUGAAGAGCCAACGCCUCCCGACCUGACCAAGUACACGGACAAGGACGCCCGCAAGCAAGCGGAAAAGGAAGCCAAGCGCCAGCAAAAGGCCUACCAGCAGGCCGUCAAGGACCGCAGCAAGGCCAUCCGCGAACGCGAGAAGCUCCUCGAGAAGCGCCGCAAAAAGUCCGCCAAGGAGGCCGAGCGGCUCGAGAGAGAAACCAACAGGGAGAUGCAGGGGCUGCUGAAGCAGAAGCAAGCAGCGGAAGCGGCCGCAGCGGCCGCUCAGCAAACCUCCCACGAUGGUGCGCCCGAGACCACGCCACCACGACCCGCCCAAGAGCAGCCCAGGAAGCUGCGCAAGUUCUGCACGCUCCCAGGCAAGGCCCGCGGGCGGCGCGACCCGGCGUGGGUGGACGUCUACAUGGCCGACGUGGACGAGGUCGAGGCGCACUGCGGGCUGUUCGCGCCGGGUCCGCACUACGACAAGCUCGUCGGCGACGUGGGCAGCCGCGUCAUGGCGUGGGUGCACGACGAUAUGUCGACGAGGGCGGCCAUGGCCAUGUAA